AUGGAGUCUGUGUGGUGCGGUUGUGGUGUCAUAAUAGUGGUAGUGAAGCCAUGCAGGACUGAAGGGUGGGACGGCGGAUUUGUGAUUCACCAGCAGGCCUCAGGUCCCGGCGUGAGCGGAGAACGCGGGCGGCCCCGGAUGCCGCGCCUCGCGGGGUCCUUCGGGGGGUUUUCCCGACCUCAGUGGUAUCUCCCCCCACCACAGAGGCAUUCCGGAGGGGAAGCGUCGCGAGGGGUUGGCACCGUCGUCUUGUUGCCGCCCGUCACUUCCCGGUUUGACUCUUUCCGAGGUGCUGAACUGCUGUCGUCGUGGGAGUCCUCGCUGACCUACAGGUGUAGACAACGGGGUGGAGCGUGUGCCGUACGCGUGCAGUACGUCUGGCUUAGUAAGGUGCGAAGUGGGGGGGGGGACCGCUGGUGGAGGGGAGCCGGGGGGCGGCGUCCUAGGGACGGGCGGCAAGGUGCGAAAUGA